AUGGCCCUCGCAACCGCCUCAACCCUAACCCUAUCAACCUACCUGAACGCAAAACACCACAUCGCCAAAGACCUCACCUCCCUCCUAAACAUCGCCUCCGCAACCCGCAAACUCGCGCACGACACCGCCUCCGGCACCCUAAACACCUGGCACACAUUCUCCGCAUCCGCCUCAAGAUACCCGGAUGCCAUCGCGAUCUGGUCGCGCGAGGGGACAUACACGUACGCGGAGACGCAGACCCUCGCGUCGCAAUACGCGCACUUCUUCCUCGCGCGCGGCGUGAAGCGCGGCGCCCUCGUUGCGUUCUACCUGCAGAACCGGCCGGAGUUUAUAUUUGCGUGGCUGGGGCUUUGGGUGCUGGGGUGUGCGCCUGCCGCGAUUAAUUAUAAUCUUGCGGGGGAUGCGCUGGUGCAUUGUUUACGGAUUAGUGGGGCGCGCUUAGUGCUUGUUGAUGAUGAGGUUGGGUGUCUUGGGCGCAUGAGGGGCGUGCAGGGGGAGGUGGAGGGGUUGGGGAUGGAGAGGGUUGUUGUUGAUCGGAUGUUUAUUGGGAGUGUUAUACCUGCGUUUCCGGGUACGAUUCCGGAAGAUGGGAGGUUGGCGAAGGAUACGCCGGGCGAGUACCCGGCUAUUUUGCUGUAUACGUCUGGCACGACGGGGAUGCCGAAGGGAUGCGCAUUCACAACCGCCCGCCUCCACCAAUCCAUCCUCCUCCGCCGGUCCGGCAUGCCCGACAAGUCCGGCCCAACCGGCGACAGAUGGUACUCGUGCAUGCCGCUGUACCACGGGACGUCCGCAACAGCGCUGAUAAUCAGCCUAGCGAGCGGCCUCUCCAUCGCCCUCGGGCGCAAAUUCAGCGUGUCCAAUUUCUGGCCCGACAUCCGCGACUCCGACAGCACGGCCUUCGUCUACGUCGGCGAGGCAGCGCGGUACCUGCUCGCUGCACCGCCGUCACCGCUCGACAAAACCCACCGCGUGCGCGUGAUGUACGGGAACGGAUUGAGGCCGGAUAUCUGGGUGCGGUUUCGCGAGCGGUUUGGGGUUGCUGAGGUCGGCGAGUUCUUCAAUAGCACGGAGGGCGUGUUCGCGCUGUUCAACUAUAACCGCGGGCCCUUUGGGGCUGGGGCCGUAGGACACCAUGGGGCGCUAAUGCGGUUCCUCAUGCGGAAUACGUAUGUGCCUGUGCUUAUUGACCCUGAGACGGGGGAUGUGCGGCGGGAUCCGGAGACGGGGUUUGUGGUUCGUGCGCCGUACGAGGUUGGCGGGGAGAUGCUGGUCAAUGUGACUGUGCCCGGGAAGGAGGCGUUCCAGGGGUACUGGGAGAACGAGGAGGCGACGGACAAGAAGUUCCUGCGGGACGUGUUUAGGAAGGGGGAUCUGUGGUACCGGUCUGGGGAUGCGUUGCGGCGGGACGGGGACGGGCGGUGGUACUUCCUUGAUCGGCUGGGGGAUACGUUCCGGUGGAAAAGCGAGAACGUUGCGACGGCUGAGGUGGCCGAGACGCUGAAUCGGCAUCCUGCUGUGCUGGAGGCGAAUGUUUAUGGGGUGUCGGUGCCGAAUCAUGAAGGGCGGGCUGGGUGUGCGGCUGUUCAGCUGCGGGAUGGUGCGAAAGAUCCUGAGGCUGAGUUGAGGGAUUUGGCGGCGUUUGCGCGUGCCCGGUUGCCGAAGUAUGCUGUGCCGGUGUUUCUGCGAGUCGUAAAGCAUUCGACGCAUACGGAUAAUCAUAAGCAGAAUAAGGUUGCGCUGAGGGAGGAGGGCGCUGAUCCGGGCUUGGUGGGGACGAAGGUCAAGGGGGGGCAGGGGGACAGGUUUUUGUGGUUGAGGCCGGAGGACGAGAGAUAUGGGGUGUUUGGGGUUGAGGAGUGGAAAGGGAUUGUAGAAGGGAAAGUCAGGUUAUAG